AUGCCUCGUCAAUGUAGAAUUGAAAACUGCAAGCCCCAAUGGGAUAGCCCUGAUGGUCUCAAACUGAAUUAUUUUCAAGUACCAAAAUAUCCAAGCAGACGACAGGAGUGGGAAAAAAGUGUCAAUGAUCAUUUCAACAGUAGAAGAUUAUUUGACGAUUAUUCAUAUAUAUGUUUUUUAUACUUUCGAGAAGAAUGUUUCAAUCGCUUAAACGAGAGAGUAACUUUAAAAAAGACAGCAAUUCCCACAAUAUUUUACAAUUUUCAAGAUGAAAUUGAAGUUUACAAAUCUAACGAAAAAUCUCUUGAUAUUCUAGAUCCAAGUGUUCUUAUGAAAUUGACCGAAGUUGGAAAUACUUUUGAUACUUCUGAAGAUAAACACUGUAGAGGAAUGAAUGUUGAUUCUGAAAGCUCGUUGGAUAGUUCACAAAUAAUUAUCAAUUCAGAUGAAAAUAGUGUAAGAUGUUUAGAAGAACAGCCUACGUGUUACAAGAAAAUAAAUUCAAAAGAUGAGACAGUGAACUCGUUGCCACAAUCAUCCACAGAGAAAUUGUUUCAUAAAUCUAUUGUCAACCUGGAUAUAGAUACAAUAAAUUUAGAUAAUAAGUUUUUUAUAUUGAAAGUGUUGACAAGUGCAAAGAUCGAAAUUGAGAGAUUGCGAAGAAUCAAUAGAGCCAAAUCAUCAUAG